UGUCCCUGGGACACAGUGGAUCACUGAUCAAUGGAAAUAGCCGAAGACAUUGGCUCUGUCAUGUGAUCAGCUGUGGCACUGAUGAUCAGUGUUCCCUGAUGAUCAGUGUAGCCCCAUCAGUGCCACCUGUCAGUGUCCAUCAAUGCCACCUGUCAGUGCCCAUCAAUGCCACCUGCCAGUGCCCAUCAGUGCCACAUCAAUGUCACAUAUCAGUGCCCAUCUGAGCUGCCUUUCAGUGCACCUAUCAGUGCCUGUCAGUGCCACCUAUCAGUGUUGCCAAUUAGUGCCAGUCAGUGCCGCCUCUCAGUGCCGGUCAAUGCUGCCUAUCAGUGCGCAUCAUUUCCGCCUAUCAGUACUGCCUAUCACU